UGAUGUUCCUUUAUUUUUUACUUAAGCGAGCUACUGUUGCACAUGUUCUGUGUUGUAUUAUACAAUGUUCUAUCAUUUAAUUAAUACAGACAUAUUUUGGAAGAACGGUUAUUAACAAAUAUACUAUUACAUAUUCGAAAAUGUCUGAAAAUUAUUAUUCAUUGUCAGAUCAAGAAACAUUUAAUCGAAGAAAUUUGUAUGCAUUCCAUUAAACGUAGGAGAAUGCUGUUCGUCGGUUCAGUUUGUGCUAUAAUUGCUAGCUGUAUCAUGUACCGUAACUUCCGAGAAAGUUGGCCCCUCACGGUCGAAAAAUUCUUAUGCGAGGUAAAAUAUGCCCUGCUUGCUGGUAAAGAAAUAUUAUACGAUUGGAUAAAUGCAAAAAUGAAUAAAAAUGAUUGUUCGUUACAAUCAGGAAGAAUUGCAAUUAUAACUGGAGGGUCCAGAGGAAUUGGAUUUGAAGUAGUACAAAUGCUUUUAGAACUUGAUAUGGAAGUUAUAAUUGCUUGUAGGACACCUUCUGCAGGUGAGAAAGCUAUUCUUAAAAUUAGAGAAUCUGGUGUUAAUACUGGGAGAGCAAAAGUGUAUAAACUUGACAAUGCCUCAUUGGAAUCUGUAAGACAAUUUGCUGGAGAAAUUAAGAAGGAUUACAAACAAAUUCAUAUUUUGAUUAACAAUGCUGGUGUCAUGUUUUGUCCCUAUCAAGAAACAGAAGAUGGUUUUGAACAACAAUGGGCUGUUAAUUAUUUGUCACACUUUUUGCUGACGGCGCUUUUGUUACCACUCUUGAAAGCUGGAGGAACUCCUGAAAAGUCUGCUCGGAUUGUUAACGUUACGUCUUGUGCACAGAUGUUGGGUAAAAUGAAUUUCAUUGACAUCAAUCACAAAAACAAGUUCAUCAGUGGAUAUGCAUAUGCACAAAGCAAACUGGCACAAGAAAUAUUCACGAAAGGAUUGCAAAAUCUUCUGAACGAAAAAGAAUAUCGCGUGCAAGUUUAUUCCGUGCACCCUGGUUUAGUAUAUACAGAACUUUUUAUACAUUCGUACGUUUGGAGAUACAAAUUACUAUUUCAACCGUUCUUCAAGACUCCAAAGCAAGGAGCUAUUUCAAUCGUGUAUGCAGCUGCAAAUGAGAAUGUGGAAAACAGCGGUGGAAUAUACAUUAGUAAUUGUCGUCCUAGCCCGGUUCAUCCAGAUGCGUUAAACUUGUCUAUUCAAACAAAAUUAUUCGAUCUAUCCCUCCAACAAGUACAGCUAAAUGAUUUCUUUCAACAUGUAUAAUGCACGCACAGUAUUAUUAACAUUUUACUUAAUUGAAAAAACCUAAAUAAUAAAAUUGUGCAGGUUUAGUCAUAUUUGAANGAAGAUAUUAUACAGAUGUAAUAUAUAUUUCUAACUUAUUUAUUUAUUUUGUAUUAUAUACGCGCGUGUGUAAAAUCUGAAGUGAACACAUGGAGCACUUAUGUAAUGACAAAAUAUAGCUUGAUGAAAUUUUA